AUGUCAAAACUACCCAAAUUGCCACUCCCUAUUUACAACCAGCUUCUCAGGACCAAUGCCUUCUUCUUCUUCUUCAUUUCUUCUUCAACACUACAGGUUCAUCAUGAUUAUGGACAUCUCCUCGGAGGCUCGGCCAAACCUCCACCCCCACCUCCACCCCCACGCACGCCCUCAUGCCACAGGCAUGGCUUAUCUCGAAGUAAUGUUGCCUUUAAAUUCGUCCGGAACCCUCCUCCUCUUCCUCCACCCACCCUUGCUGUGUCUGCAAAUAAAGGCAAUUAUUCAACCACUGUUUGUCGAGGAUUAUGUGAACUAGUUUGGACUGUAGAAGCUGAUUUGGCAGCUGGUCAGCUUCUCUACAUUACCGGGGAUCCUGUUGUCUUAGGCAGUUGGGAUCCGGAAAUGGCUAUCUUAAUGCAUCCCACUUCACGUCCAAACUUGUGGGAAGCUCAAAUCAUGAUACCUUCUGGUGUAAAUUUCAAGUAUAAUUAUUUUGUAAAAGAAGAAACAUGGCCUUCAUGUAACGUCCUUUGGAGAACUGGACCUGAAUUUUCUUUAUCAGUACCUGUGACCGUAAAACAAAAUAGAAAAAUUAUGGUGAGGGAUUCAUGGACUAAGUUUAAUACUGAGAGGUCUCCGGAUUAUGUAUGGGGUUCAUGGAUAGAGGAGAAAUAUCAACCCUUGCAACCUUCAAAUUGUGCUCCAAUCAAAGAUGAACAAGAGAUUGUGAAACACCACCAGACUAAUUUAAAAGAGCCAAAGCCGUUCCUGAAUGAUCUCAAAGUCGAUGACAGCCCAAACGCAGUUUUCUCUGAAAGAAACCAACCUCUUGAGGAACCCUGGUUACUCCAGUCACCUGUUAUCUUUCUUGUCUCUAAGGACAAGUUGACACAAGAUGUGUCCAAAAAGAGGGACACUGUAGAAGAUGGUCAGACAAAAUUCAAUGUUAAUGAUCAGCAUUUACAAGUGAAAGACAAGUUGUCUGCUAAUGGGAGUAGUCUGAAUUUGAAGGAUGAUUCAGUUGCUACUGUUAUACUGAUUAAUUCUUCAAUAUGUACAAUGCAAAGGAUAGCUGUAUUGGAAGAUGAGAAACUGGUUGAAUUACUUCUGGAACCAGUGAAAGACACUGUGCAGUGUGACAGUGUGUAUAUAGGGGUGGUUACAAAACUUGUCCCCCACAUGGGUGGUGCAUUUGUAAACAUUGGGAGUUCAAGACCUUCUCUUAUGGACAUAAAGCAAAACAGGGAACCGUUCAUAUUCCCUCCAUUUCGUUUGGGCACAAAGAAAGGAGAAGUCAAUGGCUCUGUGCUCAAAGCCUUUGAAGAGCAUCCUGCUGCCCACGAAAAUGAACACACAGCACAUGAUGUUGAAGUCAUUGAUGAUAUUUCAGAAUUUGUCUUUAACGGUGAUUUGGCACCGUUUCUGCAUGAUGAUCACGAGGAGCAUGAAGUUGAAGAAGAUUUUGAUGUUUCAGAAGUUAAGGAAAAUGUUAAUGGUAGUAUAGUUGAUUAUGGUGAAGUGGAUGCUGACUUUAAGCAUUUCCUGGAUGGAAGGGAGCACCAUUUGGAAGGUGAUACUGUCAACAGUUCUCCAGUUGAAAUAAAGGGAUCUAACUAUCCUCCAGUAUCUCAUCAAGAUACAAAGGAUGCUAAGCAUACAUUAACUAGUGAAAACAAGUGGUCCCAAAUUCGUAAAGGCACGAAAGUUAUUGUUCAAGUUGUCAAGGAGGGAUUGGGUACAAAAGGCCCUACUGUGACUGCUUAUCCGAAACUAAGAAGCAGAUUCUGGAUAUUGAGUACUCGUUGCGAUAGAAUUGGGGUCUCCAAAAAAAUUUCUGGUGUGGAGCGUACACGCCUCAAAGUUAUAGCAAAAACUUUGCAGCCACCAGGCUUUGGUCUAACUGUAAGGACUGUUGCUGCUGGUCAUUCAUUUGAGGAAUUGCAGAAGGACUUGGAAGGUUUGCUUUCAAAUUGGAAAAGUAUAAUGGAACAUGCAAAAUCUGCUGCUCUUGCUGAAGAUGAAGGUGUGGAAGGGGCCAUUCCUGUUUUACUGCACAGGGCCAUGGGUCAAACUCUCUCUGUUGUCCAGGAUUAUUUUAAUGAAAAGGUAAAGAAAAUGGUGGUGGAUUCUCCGAGGACAUAUCACGAGGUUACAAACUACCUUCAGGAAAUUGCUCCUGAUCUUUGUGGUCGAGUAGAGUUGCAUGAUAAAAGAAUUCCUCUUUUUGAUGAAUUCAAAAUUGAAGAAGAGAUCAAUAAUAUCCUUAGUAAAAGGGUUCCUCUUUCUAAUGGAGGUUCUCUGGUGAUUGAACAAACGGAGGCAUUAGUCUCAAUUGAUGUGAAUGGGGGACAUGUAAUGCUUCGCCAAAGGACUUCACAAGAGAAAGCCAUUCUAGAUGUAAAUCUUGCAGCUGCAAAACAAAUUGCAAGGGAGUUACGGCUGAGAGAUAUUGGUGGUAUUAUUGUAGUAGACUUCAUAGAUAUGGCAGAUGAAUCAAAUAAGAGACUAGUUUAUGAAGCAGUGAAGAGAGCAGUUGAGAGAGACCGGUCAACAGUGAAGGUCUCUGAACUGUCAAAUCAUGGACUAAUGGAAAUAACAAGAAAGAGGGUUCGACCCAGUGUGACAUUUAUGGUUAGUGAACCAUGCACCUGCUGUCAUGCUACUGGCAGAGUUGAAGCCUUAGAAACCUCCUUUUCUAAGAUUGAACAAGAAAUUUGCCGUUUGCUUGCAAUGAUGGACCAGAAGGCAGAUCAUGAAAACCCGAAGACCUGGCCAAGAUUUAUAUUAAGGGUUGACCAUCACAUGUGUAACUACUUAACUUCGGGAAAAAGGACAAGGCUUGCUGUAUUGAGUAGUUCCCUCAAAGCUUGGAUUCUUUUGAAGGUUGCUAGAGGUUUUACCAGAGGAGCAUUUGAGGUGAAGCUCUUUACAGAUGACAAAACAAACAAAUCUCAGCAACAGGUUGCUAUAUCAGUGCUACGGCCAGCAGAGGCCGGAGCUAAAAAGUCUGGAAAGAAAGUAACACUUGUUCCCGUGAAGAAAGGAAAGGCUGGUCGCAAAUAA